GUAUAAAGUAUACAUAAAUUUCUACCGUCUUAUGAAAUUCCCUUAUCACUUUUAAGGUUAUAUAAUAUGGAAGAUAUGAUGUUUGAUUAGAUUUCAUUCCAAGAGAGAACCGUACCAAUUCUGCGCAUCUCGACAGAUCAAAAGACUCCGCAAUAUAUGUGUGACGCCAAUCUAAUGUCUACUUUUUAUUUAAUGAUCAUAUACAUAGUGAACAAAAAAUAUAUGAAUGCAAGAAAAAAGUCACGUAAGAAAGUAUACUAAAUAAAAGGUCACUAAAUAUACAGACUCAGAAACAGAAAUGUUGUGACGAACAUGCGCAUUAUUUUUAAUUACGAAAGCGUCUUAAAACCAAUCACAAUAGAUCUGCGUAAAAGACAUCUAAACGUGGUCUUUCUUUCAGUUUUCAACUUACACAACUCCAUCUUGCAAGGAAUAGUGUAGGAAGAAAUAUUCCUAGCAAAUAUUCUAGGGACAAAACAAAUACCAAUUUCGGUGUAGUUUCCAUAAGAUCCGCAAAAGGUUGAUGUAAAAAUCCCGUUAGAGUCGCUCGUCUACACGCGACCGGUGCUUUUGUGCAGGUUCCGCUGCAUGUGCUGACAUCAAGGUGCUUGGAGCAUACAUUGAACUGUUUUUAUAAUUAACAUUAUUGUGAACUGUUGUUGCUCGUACAAACUUUUUGUUUUCAUCACAGCAUCUCGUUUGAUCGGGAAAAAGCAUUGGGUUGUGUCGCGUAUUAGUGAUUCCAUCGGAAUUGUAUUUUUACGCUGUAAUGUUUGGAUAAGAAAAAGAGAAUAGUACAUGACGAUUAUAUAAAUUCAAAGUAUUAUUUUAGACGUUAGGAGUAAGAAAAUGGUCAUGGAGGCAUCCCCUUCUCCACAAAAUGUCGGUCGUGAAUUUGUCCGACAGUAUUACACUUUACUUAAUCAAGCACCUGCGCAUCUUCAUAGGUUCUACAAUCAACAUUCUUCCUUUGUGCAUGGAGGAUUAGAUUCUAAUAGAGAAUCAACUCCUGCUAUUGGGCAAAAACAAAUACACCAAAAAAUUCAACAACUGAACUUUCGUGAUUGCCAUGCAAAGAUAAGUCAAGUUGAUUCGCAACUUACUCUUGAGAAUGGUGUUGUAGUACAAGUGUCAGGAGAACUGUCUAAUGCGGGGCAGCCGAUGCGUCGUUUUACGCAAACGUUCGUGUUGGCUAUACAAGCGCCAAAAACGUAUUAUGUACAUAACGAUAUAUUCCGCUACCAAGAUUUGAUCUUUCCUGACGAGGAGGAAACGGAUGUAGGUGGUGUAGAAGGAGGUGUAGGUGAAUCAGUUGAGAGAGAAGGAGAAGAGGGAGUACGUUCCGAAGCAGAGGAAGAGGAACAUCAAAAUCGGGGACAGCAGCUUACAGCACCAGCUGCAACGACGGAACCACAAACUCAGCCGCCGCUUAUUCCUGCACAGCCAUCUGUACUUCAACAGCAACAACAAAUGUAUUAUGCUCCACCGCCACAGCAGUCCCAUGUACAUCCUGUAAUGCAGCAGGUUUUGAAUGGAUCAGUCCACGAAGAAACGCCACUGAUUAAUCAGCAACCCCAACAGCAGCAGCAGCAGCAACAACAGCAACAGCCUCCACCACCACCACCUGCGCAACAGCAUCAGUACAUAACUGAGUCCACAUCGCAAACGGAAUUUGUGCAAGAAGCAGAAUUAGACACUUCAACUGAACCGCAACAACCAGCGGAAAGCGAACCACAACCUCAAACGAAUGAAACUCGCGAACAACCCGAGGCUGAAACGUUCACUGCUUCUGCACAAGAAUCCGAACCAGAACAUCAAGUGUCGAACACAAGUGUGACCAGUAGCGGACCGAAAACGUACGCCAAUCUUGUGAAAUCCUUCCCCAGUACCACCGGCGCAACUAGUCCUCAAGCCCCCAAGUUGUCUAUGUCACCGCCACCGAUGACGAACUUGCGAUUAGAUGACAGGUCACCGUUACAUCCGACCAGCAGUGGACCCGCGCUUUCUACGUCAACGAAUGUUUCCACGCCUCAGCAACAGACUCACAGAGUUGGAAACCAGCAACCACAGCAGCAACAGCAUCAGCAACAACGAGCUCCGAGAGGGGGAGCAGUACAACGAGAUGGUGACCGCCGUGGUACGAGGCAAAGUCAGUACAGUGAUGCUCAUCAACUAUUCCUUGGAAACUUGCCGCACAAUGCGUCUGAAGAUGAUUUACGCCAAGUGUUUGAAUCUUACGGUAGGGUAGUAGAGCUACGUAUACACAGUAAAUCGAAUGACAGGUGCAAAGGGGCACAAGGAAACAAUACUGGAAAAGUGCCUAACUACGGAUUCAUCACUUUCGAGGACCAGCAAGUUGUCAACAAGGUGUUGCAGAAUUUGCCGAUUUAUUACCCUGCUGAAAAUGGGCAAAAACUGAACGUGGAAGAGAAGAAGGUCAGGCCUAGAAUGUCGAUGGACGGCAGCGGUGGACGGUUGAAUUCUAACGAUGGAAACAUGAGAGCCAUGGGAGGCCAACAACAGCAGCAACAGCAACGAGGUCCAGGUGGUCCAGGAGGCGUGAUGAGAGGCGGUCAACACGGAACAAGAGGUGGACGCGGAGGAUUUUCACGUGGCGGUGACGGCGCAAGGGGUGGCGGUGGAAUGCGACAACCCGGUAAUCCAAGCAACCCAAGCUACCAAAAUCGCCGCUAAUACUUCAACCAACGUUUAAGGCAUCUCCAGUUUCUUUCUUCUUGAACAAGUCAUCGGUAUAUAACUACCAUCCUCAUUUCCAGACUCAAAAACCCAGGACUAUCUCACAUUACGCUUAAACAUCGCUUGCAUUGUUCUCGUUAAGAAACAACUGUAGAUGGUGCAGCUCAAAUUGUAUGAAACACGAACUCGACGAACGGAUAAUCGGGUUAUCGCAUUUAAGCUAGGUUUAUCGAGCUCGCGAAUAAGAGUAAUAAAUAUAGUAAAAUAAUUUCAUUGAACGUUCGACCGGAUCCGUUGGAUAUUCGAUGAACGAAACACCGCGAGUUCGCCCUUCAUACAUCAACGUCAGGCAACCUUACGAUGAGAAUACAAAAAAAUAUGUUCACUCACACACACAUGUACACACAGAACAGAGCGGCGCGUGAUAAUCUCGUUAAAAAUGCAGUUGUGUUUCGUCUCCCGAAAGCCCAAGAAGCAAAAAUGAUCAAGUUGUGAUGAAGUGCAAACGAUAUAAACUGGAACUGAAUAAAAAGGGACGGAGGAAAGGACAGAAGCGCUUGCGCACACCACGUCGAACCAGAAACAGUUUUGUUCUUUGUCGGAUGAACGACACCGAAAAAAAAGAAAACCAUACGUCGCUCUUUUAGUUCUUUUUUGUUUUUCCGAUCGCAGUAAGGAGACACCGGCGGUACGAAUUUCCGCUGUCGUAUAAAUAAGCCAAACUAAAAAACGAAAUUAAAACGAGAGGAUACGAACCGUUGUGUUUCACAAACAAAAGUAUCGCCGUGCACAUUUCAUAUGCUCUCGAGUUAAUGUUCAUUGACUGCCGAUUAAACGUUCCACCUUACACGUAGAAAAAGUCGGCAAUAAUGUUUAUAGGUGGUAGUUGGUCGAUGUUGGGUUAAAGGAGUAAAAAAGCUGUGGCUGUUCUCUGGUCGCAUACAAAAAGACAGCCGAUUUUUCUCACGAAGCAUGGCCGAUUAUCAAUCGACCGGUAUCGAUUGGUAAUGGGACAUUUCUUAGACUGCAGCUGGUCUCGCCGUUUCCUAAUUCAUUUGCGCAAGUGUCGCUUAAUGCUCUAUUUUCGUUUCCAUCUGCUGACUUUUUCUUUCGUUUGAUUUUAUCCUCUUCUGCAUUCGCGUAUUUCCGUGCAAUUUGGCUGUCGCUUUCUUUCCCUCUUAUUUAUCCCUCACCGAUUUACUUUAAGCAUCAUUUUUUAACCUUAGAGCAAAUUACUGUCUUUAAAAUUCCAAUAAAAGCUCGAUAAGUAUUCGAUGGUCGCAGAACUCGUGCACUCUUCAAAGACUAAAAUAGUCUUUCUGCAAAGUGUAUUGAAACUGGUGUUAUUCUUGUAACUAUUGUGCAUACAUAAAUAGGUACGAUAAGUGUUUGUAUGAAGAUAUUAAACUUAAUUCAUGUCAAUAAUAUCAUGUAUUAAUUAAGGUGGUAGUGUUUUCAGAGAAAGAACACCAGGAGACUUUUCUGCAGAAAGCGACACGAGUUCUGCGAUGCUUCUACUUUCGAAAUUGUCCUAAAUGUAAUUGACUGAUUGGAAGUUGAACUGAUGUACAGCGGCUUGGUAUGUGGCCUUAACGUUCUAAAUCUUCAAGCAGAAACUUUGGAAAUUUAUUUCACACAAAUUCGAAGUUUCUUUAGCAUCAAAGAGUGCCAUAUAUCGAGACUACGCUGUACACCGGCAGAGAAGAAACAUCGCGAAACGGUCGUUGCGCAUAAUAUCACGUGCCAUCUCGUCAAACGCAUGGAAAUUGACCGUGUUGGCACCGACAAAAAGAAAGAAAAGACAGGGGAUGAAUGAAAGCAACUCUGUAAUUCAGGAACUUAAGUGCACAGCGACUAAACCGCAAAACGCUACGACAUUAAGGCUGAGAACAUGUGAAAAGUAAUUAUUUACGUUUCUUAUUGAUCCAUUAAAUUGUUACGUAGUUUUCAUUAAACAUCCUCAAUAGUUUGUAAUCGAAUGCGUUACACAGAUCGUGUCCCGGAUGCAGCAGGGUCGUCAUCGAACACUUGGCCCUUGUUCCGAUUACCUCGAACACAGAAGACCCCUUUUUUCAAGGCACACAUUUGUUCAAAGCUUCGCUGAUUCGCUGUUUAUUAACGCGACGACGCUGCUUCAUCUUGGCCAUAAAUAAAGAGGCAAUUUCGCGUAGUUAGGUGGCUGAAUUAUUUCUAAUACCGAGCGAUUAGAGUGCUGUCAAACUUCUUGACUUUGUACUGUUCAUUCUCAUUACAUUUUGCCAAUGCGUGGGUCAGUCUAUGUAAUUUCAAUUGUACAAAUUUUAUAUUGUAUAUCCAUGCACCGGGUCGCUUACACUGUGGGUCAACAAAGUAUUGUCAUAUUCCAUCACUUUGUUUUAAUAAAACAAUUUAUACUGUAUUAGAUUAUAUUAGAAAAUUGUAUUAGGUUAUAUUAGAAAAUGUACUGCAUGUUUUUAAUAUUUUGUAACUGAUUUAGUGCUAGUUUUUAUUGAGGUCUACAAAUGUAAGCUUGGCAUAAUGUUUAAAGUUUGAGUAUUAAAUUAUGUGUAGUGAAAUUAAGUUAACAAAAUUAUUGAGUAGUAAAAUUAGAUAGGUUGAGAAUUAUGACAAUAAUAAAUCAGUAUGUCAGUAAGUUGUUGAUCCACUGUGGCAUCAUAUGGUUUAUGUCAUGCGAGCAUACUGCAGCACUUUAAUUUUAACAUUGUAAGAAAAUCUCCGAGAUGUAUAUACAGUUUUUAAGUAGAUUCGUUUCGAUAGUCACAGCAUUUUUAAUGCAAAAAUAUAAAUGAAUAAAUAAAGAAAAAGAAAGUGUUCAGAAGCCACGUACAGACGCGGGAUCAUCUCUUUAUAUUUGAACGAAAGCUCUGCAAAUUUUUAGUGUGAAUGUUUUUGUUUUUAAGCGACUAUUAUUAAUAAUGAUAAUAUUAAUAAUAAUAUUAAUAAUAAUAAUAAUAAUAAUACAAAGAUAAAUAUAAAUGAACGAAGGAAGAUAAAAUAAUUAUAAAGGAAUAUAAUUAGAGGAUGGCGAAUAAUAAGUUGUGAAUUUUUGUAGUAUACAUUUUUAUUUCGGUCUAUUCGGGCCAAUUUGUGUGUACAACCAAUGGUCAAACAACGUUACUACGACAAAAAUGAAAAAGAACAAUGUUAAAGGAAAAUGAGAGGAAAAAAGAAACAAAAACAAACAUCAAAUGUAUUGUAACAUUUUUGCAUUUAGUAUAAUAUACCUACCUUACUACCAAA